AUGGCCGUGAACGUGGUCGUCGACAACAGCAUACGCGCCGUCCCGCUGGUGGGUGGCUGGGUCGCGCCCAAGGUAACCGGCGGCAACACGCGCAACCUGAAGCUGCUGCGGCGCCACAUGGAGCAGUACAAGGGCCUGGCGCCGGCGGCGGUGGCCCCGCCCCCCAGCUACAGAGCCCCACCUCAGGUGGAGCACCAGCUCCAGAAGGCGUGGGGGCUGUGGGGAUUGACCAGGCACCCGCUGCGCGCGGUGUUCUGGCUGGUGCGGAGGCUGCCGCUGGUGGGGCUGCUGGCAUGCGUGGUGCUGGCGCCGAUGGCGGCGGGGCUGGGCCUGGCAGGACUGGUGGUGUACACAAGCCUCAAGUGGAUUGGGGUGGUGUGA